CAAUUUUUAAACUUUUUUUUAAAAAUCACCUUUUCAAAAAAUUCUUAGCUUUGUUUUUUUAAGAAUAAGAAAACUGACUUAUUUAUCUAGAAAUGGAAUUCAGUAUCUAAAGAAAGAAAAUUUCAGUUCCUGGUUUGGACUUUGCUACUGUUUUUACAACCAAGACUGCCUUUAAAAACAAACCCCAAAAAACCUUUUAAAACAUUGUCUGUUUCCCUCAUUUGCUCUGACAAUAGAGUUUGGUGUUACACAUCCAUGCAGGGAUGGAGAAGGGGGGCCACCCCUGGGAAGGCUCAGGUGCAAGGGUGGCUUCCAUGUGUGUCUCACUUGAGUGCCUAUGACAUGAGGGCUCCUUAGCACACCUCUGUUUCCAAGGCAGCAUUGUGAGCUGAAUUUACAACAGAUUUGGAAUCUGAAGUUGUACAUUGGAACCCUAGAUCUCCCAUUAAAAUUGCAUUACUUAUGGCAAAGUGGCUUAAAUUCUUUGAACUUCAGUUUCCUCAUCUGUAAAAUCAAAUUAAGUUUUGUUAUGAGAAUUCACACAGAGAGAAAAAAUCCCCAAGAAAGGAAGGUCCAAAUGUAGAACCUGGCACAUAGUAGGGGCCUAGUAAAUGUCGUUUUUGUUUUUCUUUUAUAAAUGAACUGUGAAAAAAAUUCCACACAGAUGUGCCCCAAAAUUGUACAAAUAUAGAUUUUCCUGACAGUUAAACAUUUUUAAACAUUAUUUCCUGUUUUCAAGAAAUGUGCAGGUUAAAGGAGCGGAAACAGCAAAAUUGCAAGAGUGCAAGAAAGUCAUCUCUCACUGAGAGCCCGCAGUGUGCCUCUCUGCACCUCAUUUUCUCCUCUGUGCGUCAGAAGGAGGAGUAUGUCCCGUUCGGUCACCAAGAAAUAGUCCCAAACUCUUCUGUCAGGCAAACAUCCAUCCUGUUGCCUUUGACCUGUGUUUUCACUACCAACUCUCACACUUUCCUUUCUUAGAGCAGAGAUUCUCAAACUUGCGUCCGCAUCAGAACAGCUUUGAAGGCUCCCCAGUCAGAAGGUCUGGGAUUGGGCCUGAGAAUUUGCAUUUAUUCCUAACAAGUGGGGUUUACCUGCUGACCCGGGACCACAGCGCUGAGAACCGCUGGUUAGAACAACCUCCCACUACCCACUUUUCUUUCUCCUGCCUUAAAACUUUUGUUAAAUUAUACUUAAAGUCUCUCCCUUUUUGGUAAAAGUAGCAUGGAAAAAAACCAUUAUGUUUUCUCCACCACCCCCACCCCCAUCUUUUGUCUUUUAGAUCAUAAGCUCCUCUGGUACGAAGACUGAAUUUUUCCCCCAGUGAUAUAGUGAAAACAACAUAGGAAGUCCAGUUUUGGAAGCCGACAGUCCCAGGGGUCUACCCAGGACACUGGGGAGGGCUGAGGCCGACCAUGCCCGGCCUGCUGCUGCUCGCCGCUGCGCUGCUGUCCAGCUGGGCUCAGCUCCCAGCCGAAGCCAGCUCCUGGUGGUCAUUAGCUAUGAACCCAGUGCAGAGACCUGAAAUGUUCAUCAUCGGUGCCCAGCCUGUGUGCAGCCAGCUUCCUGGGCUCUCCCCUGGACAGAGAAAGCUGUGCCAGUUGUACCAGGAGCACAUGGCCUACAUAGGGGAAGGAGCCAAGAUGGGCAUCAAGGAGUGUCAAUACCAGUUCCGGCAGAGACGGUGGAACUGCAGCACAGUGGACGACACGUCUGUCUUUGGGAGGGUCAUGCAGAUAGGGAGCCGGGAGACGGCCUUCACCUAUGCCGUGAGUGCCGCGGGCGUGGUGAACGCCAUCAGCCGGGCCUGCCGAGAGGGCGAGCUGUCCACGUGUGGCUGCAGCAGGACAGCGCGGCCCAAGGACCUUCCCCGGGACUGGCUGUGGGGCGGCUGUGGGGACAACGUGGAGUACGGCUACCGGUUUGCUAAGGAGUUUGUGGAUGCCCGGGAGCGGGAGAAGAACUUUGCCAAGGGAUCGGAGGAGCAGGGCCGGGUGCUUAUGAACCUGCAGAACAACGAGGCGGGUCGAAGGGCUGUGUAUAAGAUGGCAGACGUAGCCUGCAAAUGCCACGGCGUCUCUGGGUCCUGCAGCCUCAAGACCUGCUGGCUGCAGCUGGCUGAGUUCCGCAAGGUGGGGGACCAGCUGAAGGAGAAAUACGACAGCGCGGCGGCCAUGCGCAUCACCCGCAAGGGCAAGCUGGAGCUGGUCAACAGCCGCUUCAACCAGCCCACCCCCGAGGACCUGGUGUACGUGGACCCCAGCCCCGACUACUGCCUGCGCAACGAGACCACGGGCUCCCUGGGCACCCAGGGCCGCCUGUGCAACAAGACCUCGGAGGGCAUGGACGGCUGCGAGCUCAUGUGCUGCGGCCGCGGCUACGACCAGUUCAAGAGCGUCCAGGUGGAGCGCUGCCACUGCAAGUUCCACUGGUGCUGCUUCGUCAAGUGCAGGAAGUGCACGGAGGUCAUCGACCAGCACGUCUGCAAGUAGCCGGGGCCACGCUCCUGGCCUCCUCUCCGCUCUGCCUCACAGAAGAUUAUAUUAUAUAAAUCUAUAUAAAUAUAUUUUAUAUUUGUAUAAAUGAAUGGAUGGAUGAUAAAUAAUUAAAAGAUGAAAACGGAAAGGAAAAGCUUAUUUAAGAGACGCUAGAGAUCUUUGAGGAUUGGACAUUGCUGGUUCUCAGCUCCCAGGGGGUGGGACAAAGGUCUUUUUCCCUCCCUCCGGUGGGGACUCUCAGGAUGUAGGGACUUAGGAAUAUUCACUGUCUAUCCACCAUGGCCUUGAGGAGAGAGGUGGUGGGUAGAUGGAGAGAUGAUUUUGUCUGGAAGUCUGGAGUCUUUGCAGGGUGGAUGACCGCCCUGUGACCCCAGCCUUGGCCCAAGAGGCCCUGUGGCAGGUGGCAGGAACUCAGCUUAAACCUUGAAGUCUUCAGGGUCUUGCUCAGAAUAUUGAUGGGUUCUGUGAGAGGGCCAGUGCUUUCCUACCUUUUCAUUUGUGCGCAUACUUGCAGAAAUGAGGAGCCAUCCAAUGUCAUCUCUGACCCGUGACUACAGAGGGACACACACCUCCCCAGGCCUGUCUUUCCAGUGAGAAUUACUUUUCCUCCACAGUUCACUAGCUCCUGCCACAAGUUCCCUGCACCAGGAGGAAAGGGAGCCAUUUGGCCUGACAUAUUAGGAAAGACAUGGACAUGGACUGAAUAUUUGUGCCUGAGCUGCAGAAAGCCGGGCACAUAACUGGACUGAGUGAACGUUGCACUGUGCUCCCACCCGGGGAGAGGAACCUUGUGAUGCUGCUGCUGUCACCUCCUCCGUCAGUGGAGGCCUCAUGAAUGACAGGAUGCAUAGCUAGGUCAGGCUCGGCUGGCCUGGCGUGGUCUCUUCAUCUUUGCCCCAGAUGUACAGUUUCUCUCUGACAUUAAAUACCCUUCAUUGAAGUU